AUGCUCGCAACGGCCUUCUCGCCCAGUGCGCUCGCACUCCUCCUCCUGACGGCCCUGCCCUCCCCUGCUCAGGCGCUGGGGAUCAACUGCCGCGGCAGCGCGAUAUGCAGCCAGUUCUUCAACGGGGCGGCAACCGGCCACGAGGCCAAGGUGCUGGCGGACUGGAUCCAGGGCAUCGAGGCCGAGGGGUACCAGCCGGUGGCCAUCAACUCGGACCGCAUCUACAAGAACGGCGAGCAGAUCGCGUGCUACGGGCGGUCGUCGAUCUGCGCGUUCCUGCAGAAGACGCCCAACGGCCUCUCGGGCGGCGACAUCCGCAAGAUCGCCAAGUACAUCCCCGAACACGGCUGCACCAUCUGCGGCAGCGUGCCGAUUGACUUCCCCAAGACCAACGACGUGAAUAAGGGCGAGCUGACCUUCAACUACGUUACCAAGAAUUGCGGGAAUGGUAUCUGUUAG